GUCAUUAUUAUUAUCGAAAUUUUUAAUGUUGUGACCAAGUUAACUUUUUUCGCCCCUUCCCCCAAAACCUUCAAUGUUCAAAUACCAGCCAUUCGAUGGUACCACAGUAUGGCCAUUUUUGUUAUACGAAAACAGAACGUAAAUCAACCCCAUUAAGAUAUUAAAAAAGAAUAAAAAAAUUGAACGAAAAUUCCGAGAAAAAAAAGUGGAAAACAUCGCAUGAAUGCUGACAAAAAGUUCUACAUGUUUCUAAAACUUAAAUGAAUAGGGAAGCCUGGAAUGACAGAAUUUUUCAGAGACAUUAUUAGCAAGAAGCAUAGUUGGGAAUUUAGGGCCCGAGCAAGCGAGGUGUAUGACUUCGCAGCGACGUGAGCCUACCUGUUAUAGGACUACAAAAUUUUCAUCUAAUAGGCAUCGAAAACUUCAACCAUUUAGAGAAACGUGACUGGCUAGUGAUAUAUAUUCCGAAAAAUUGAUCAAACACCGAAGAUCAUCCAAACCAACAGCCAAUAUCAUUCUUUUGUCUAAAAUCCUACCGCUACCGCGCCACAUCCACCACAAUGAGUGUUAACGUAAAUAGGGGCGUCAGCGAUGUCUUCUAUCGCUACAAAAUGCCACGGAUCCAGGCCAAAGUGGAAGGUAAGGGUAACGGGAUAAAAACCGUUAUUGUAAAUAUGGCUGAGGUCGCUAAAGCCCUCGGCAGACCACCAACGUACCCUACCAAAUAUUUUGGCUGCGAAUUGGGCGCCCAGACCCAGUUCGAUUUUAAAAAUGAACGUUUUAUUGUCAAUGGUUCACAUGAAGCUUCUAAACUACAAGAUCUUCUAGAUGGUUUCAUUCGCAAAUUUGUCUUAUGCCCAGAAUGCGACAAUCCCGAAACUGACCUCAUCGUUUCCCUAAAACGCAAUACCAUCUCGCAGGGAUGCAAGGCCUGCGGCUACCACGGCGUGCUCGAGUCCAACCACAAAUUGAUGACUUUCAUCUUGAAAAAUCCGCCAAAUUCGAAUCCGGCCAGCCAGGGUUCGUCCUUGACCGAAGGCAAGAGAUCCAAGCGAAGCAAACGAAACGGGGAUCCUAACGGUGAUCAGGACGAUCAGGAUUCUACUCUUGAUACAUCUGGUGUUGAUAAUUCUAUUGAUAACACUGGCGGCAGCGACGAUGAUCAAACAGAAUGGGCAGUUGAUGUGUCAGAAGAAGCUGUCAGAGCCAGAAUGCAGGAUCUCACCGACGGCGCCAAGAACAUGACCAUCAGCGACGAUCUGGAGAAAUCCGAGAAGCAGCGCAUGGACAUUCUCUAUAACUUUGUCAAAAUCAAGAGAGAUGCCGGUCUAUUGGAAAACGUUCAGACCCAAAAAGAAUUGUUGGGCGAAGCCGAACGUCUUGAAAUUAAAACUAAAUCUCCUCUCGUCCUAGCCGAACUGCUCUUUGAUCAAAACAUACUGGCUCAGGUGAAGAAGUACCGCACCCUGUUUUUGCGUUUCACUUUGAACGAUAAGAAAGCGCAGCGAUACUUGAUGGGCGGAUUGGAGCAGAUCAUCGCCAUGCAGAGAGACAAGCUGAUGAACAAGGUUCCGGGACUACUCAAAGUCUUCUACGACAUGGACAUUCUCUCUGAAGAUUGCAUCGUUGAGUGGGCAGACAAGGUGUCCAAGAAAUAUGUGGCUAAAGAGGUGAGCCAGGAAAUUCACGACAAAGCAGCUCCGUUUAUAAAAUGGUUGAAGGAAGCAGAAUCUGAAGAUUCUGACAACGACGACGAAAGCGAAGAUGACGUUGAGAUUGAGUACAAUGACAGGGCACAAAUCCAAUUGAAAGUCACCCCUCAACCGAAACCCAAACCAACCGUCGAUGAUGAUGAUGGGCAGGAUGACGUAGACAUCGAUGCCAUUUAAAAAUAUUUUCUAUUACAGGGUGUCAUAGAUUGAGUUUACAUCGGGGCAAUGGACGUACAACCGAAUCAAUUUCGCCAAGUUUUAGAUUAGAAUUUUUUAUUUGCAGUCUUCAUUGCUGUACCUUUGUCUUUUCCAGAUUUACGGUCUCUAUCGAAAAUGUCUUUGGGUGAAAAAAUUUAUAAGAGCAAGGUUUUAAUUUACGUUUGUCUUUAUGUUGCACAGUCUCAAAAUAAUAAUUCAUAUACGAAAUUUCCUAAAAACGCUUAGAAUCGAGUAAAUCAAAUUCUGAUCUAAAACCAUGGGUCUUUGGGAUUGUAAUAUUAAGCAAACAUGCUGUUACCAUCUUUUUACGAAGGUUUUACUGUAGGUUUAGUUAAAUGUUUGCUAAAAUGUGGGAAAUCUUUAUUGGUAUUAUUAUUGCCAGUUGGGGCAAUUAAUGGGAUGGCAGUGCUUUAAUAAUAAUAAAAAAAACUUAAUAGUAAAUAUUUGUUAAGUUAAAAUGUAAUUUUAUCGUACCUAUAGAUCCAUUCUCGAUUAUUCUAAUUGAUUCGGUAAAAGUUCGGUUAACUCCUUUGUAAACUUGGUCAACAAUUAUUGAAUGUCUAUCUUUUUAAUUAGGCCUUGAUUUAAAUAUGUUAAUGUGGUUGAUCAGGAUCCCUAUUCUGUAAUUUUGAGUUUGGAAACAUUAUCUGUUAGCAUUAUAUAAUUUUUAUUUACUAUUUACCAUACUGCAAUAUGUAUUAUAUUAAAUAGCAUUUUCUCAUAUUUGAACUCUUUUUUAAUAUUUGAAUGAAGGAAGACAGUCGAAAACGACAAGAGUA